CUUUGCAGUUUUAGUAGGCGUGGCUUUAUAUCUAAUUACCUAAUUAAUUAUUCUACUGAAUUAAUGAGCCCCACCCAACUUUAGCAGAUGAAGUGGCUUGCUGUUUAUUGGAUUUUUCUUUCUCUGGGAUCUGGAUAUUUAGAAUGUCUUGAUUCAGGAUCAGGAUCAGGAUCAGGAUCUGGUGAUAAUGCAAUAGACAGUAGUAUGUUGUGUGUCACAAAUAUAAGCCCAAUUGAGCAAGAUCCUACCAGUGUCACAUUACCAACUGAUAUCACAUUGUCAAUUGAUAUCACAUCAACAACUGAUAUCACAUUGUCAAUUGAUAUCACAUCAACAACUGAUAUCACAUCAACAACUGAUAUCACAUCGGUAACCAAUGUCAGUAUCACAUCAAAUGUCAAUAUCACACCAACUAUGACUAUGAGCAUCAGUGUCACAUCAACAAACAAUUUCAAUGUCAGAUCAACAACUCAUGACAAUGUUAAUAUUGCAUUAACCAGUGUCAUAUCAAUGGAUUGUUGGUGUGUCUCUGAUGCACCAUCAACUGUUACUGUCACACAGACUAUUACUGCAUUUCCAUUGCCUCUUGAGGCUACCAUUGUUACAGGUGCUAGCAGUGGUGUACUUCUGGCAUUAUUGAUGAUCAUUGUAGUGAUUUUACUGAUUGUUAUCAUUUCUUGUCUGAGCAAAAGGUCCAAAAAGAAGAAAGCGAUGAUUUUUCCAAGUGACAGAGCAUUGGAAAGCAUUAGAUUAAAAGAUGCACUUUCACUGCAAAGCUAUGAUCAUACUAAUGAGCUAGCAGACUGGUGAUAAUGCUUAAUUUUUACAUUUUCCCAUAUUUUUGUGAAUCAUUUA